AUGUCAGGACGCAGAUCGGCGUCCGGAGAGUUCAGCGAUGAGCAUGCUAAUUUCUGGACCCUCAUGCAGCAGAUCAUCCAUGGCCUUAGAAACAACUACCCAGCAAACCAAGACGACAUCAUUGGCCGGAUGGGCCAGCUCAAUCUCCAGCUCUCGACCCUUCGACGAGCCGGAGAGGCAAUGGGUUUAAGUUAUCCACCCAGCUCCAUCGUCCGCGAUGCUCCCCUACAUUACUUCACUGCCCGCGCUCAACGCCAUCAGAAUUACUUCGGUACCGAGUUCGGGUAUUCCUGCUGGUAUACCCAAGCCCAGCUGGGCUACACCAUUGCAGACCUUCUCCACGGCCGAGACCACACCCGCGUAGCCGAUCAAUUGGAACAGCUACUAGCGAGUUGGCAAUUAACCGAGAUGAGAGUCUUCCCCCGCGAGCUCCCUGCACCCAAUACCGUUCAGCAGCCGGCCAGUAUCGUGCAUAUUGACGGCCCUCCAUACUAUACACCCGGCGGCGCUGGACCAGUCACCAAGGCCACAAAGAGUUCUGGGCCGGUCCGCACCCACCCACGUGUCAAUAUCACUAUGCCCGCUCCAACAGAUACUGUUUACGGCGUGGCACGAGCAACUCGCCAUCGUGCUGCCCCAUACCCUGAACCAGGUGCUCGUCCGCGACGUCAUGGAAAUGCUAGACUAACACCCUCGAUGCCUCAAAUGGCAGCUCCACUCCGUAAUAUCCAGACGAAUGGCGUUCUUCCGGACCCGGUUCUUCCAGGUGUUAGCUCCCUUUUCACCCCACUCAACCUCCCCGGUGGACGUGCUCUGCCUGGUGCACCGAAGACGUCUGUGCAGCCCCCCAGCUGGUAUGCAACUCCCGUCUAA